GAGUAGCCGGCAGUCCCCGGCAGUCGCGCGCGCGGGCGCGCGAGCGGGACAGACUUCAGCCCCCAGAGCUCGGGAUCCGGGAACUUGGGGUCCCCGAAGCCGGCCAGAAGUGAUCGAGGACCUUUCAGCGGGCCGAGGAACCCAGGCCCUGCUUUCUGGGGUUGGCUGCGUGGGGUUGUCUGGAUUACUCAGUGAGGUGGGGGCGAUCCCCAGCCACGGUGCCGUGACUGCAGUCGACCUCUCUGGACCGGGAUGUGGGCAUCUUGGGCUCCUGGCUUGUGGCUGCUCAGUCUCUGCGUUACCUACAGCCAUGGGGCAGAUACAGGGGAGCAGUGCCCACAUUCACAGCAAGAAGGACUCAAGUUGGAACAUAGAAGUGACUUAUCGACCAACGUGACUGGCUUCAACCUCAUCCACCGACUCAGCCUCGUGAAGACGUCUGCCAUCAAGAAGAUCCGAAAUCCCAAGGGACCACUCAUCCUGCGACUGGGAGCAGUCUCAGUCACCCAGCCCACGCGGCGCGUGUUCCCUCGGGGCCUCCCCAGUGAGUUUGCCCUGGUGCUGACACUAUUGAUGAAGAAACACACCCACCGGAACACGUGGUAUUUGUUUCAAGUGACCGAUGGAGAUGGGUACCCGCAGAUUUCCCUGGAAGUCAACAGUCAAGAGCGGAGCCUGGAGUUGCGGACCCGGGGCCAAGAUGGUGACUUUGUGUCCUGCGUCUUCUCAGUGCCCCAGCUCUUCGACUUGCAUUGGCACAAGCUGGUGCUGAGCGUGGCCGAACGAGUGGCCUCCGUGCACGUGGACUGCAUGUCAGCCUCCUCCCAGCCCCUGGGGCCCCGGCGAGCCAUACAGCCUGUGGGCCAUGUCUUUCUGGGCUUGGAUGCUGAGCAGGGCAAACCUGUCUCGUUUGACCUUCAGCAGGCACACAUCUACUGUGACCCAGAGCUCGUGCUGGAGGAGGGCUGCUGUGAGAUUUUACCAGGAGGGUGUCCCCCAGAGACCUCCAAGGCCCGCCGGGACACCCAGAACAAUGAGCUCAUCGAGAUCAACCCACAGACUGAGGGCAAGGUCUACACCCGCUGCUUCUGCCUGGAGGAGCCGCAAAACAGCAAGGUGAAUGCCCAGCUGUCGGGAAGAAUCAGCCAGAAGCCAGAAAGAGGAGCAAAGGCCCACCAGGAGACAGCAGCCGAUGAGUGCCCACCCUGUGUCCAUGGUACCCAGGAGAGCAACGUCACAAUUGGUCCCUCUGGCCCCCAGGGAGGGAAAGGUGAGCGGGGCCUGCCUGGUCCAUCAGGACCCAAGGGAGAGAAGGGAGCCCGGGGCAAUGACUGUGUUAGAAUCUCUCCGGAUGCCCCGCUUCAGUGUGCAGAAGGCCCGAAGGGAGAGAAGGGGGAGUCGGGAGCCUUGGGACCCUCAGGACACCCCGGCUCCACAGGCCAGAAGGGCCAGAAAGGCGAGAAGGGGGACGGAGGCGUGAAGGGCUCACCCGGAAAGCCAGGCCGAGAUGGCCGGCCAGGAGAGAUCUGUGUCAUAGGGCCCAAAGGGCAGAAGGGAGACCCUGGCUUUGUUGGGCCUGAGGGGCUGGCAGGAGAGCCUGGGCCCCCAGGCCUCCCUGGACCCCCUGGAAUAGGACUUCCGGGGACCCCGGGGGACCCAGGUGGCCCUCCAGGCCCCAAGGGAGACAAGGGCAGCUCCGGGGUGCCUGGAAAGGAAGGUCCUGGCGGGAAACCUGGCAAACCAGGGGUGCCCGGGCUGAAGGGAGAGAAGGGUGACCCCUGUGAAGUGUGCCCAACACUGCCUGAAGGGUUCCAGAACUUUGUGGGGCUCCCUGGAAAGCCAGGACUCAAGGGAGAACCAGGUGAUCCUGCACCAGCCAGGGAGGGUCUGGGAGCUGUUGGACAAAAAGGUGAUCGGGGAGACCCUGGCAUCCAAGGCCUCAAAGGAGAGAAGGGGGAGUCCUGCUCAUCCUGCAGCUUUGCUGUAGCGGCCCAGCAUCUCGGGCCUUCUGCAGGGGCCAAAGGAGACGUGGGGCCUCCUGGCCUCGGUCUGCCAGGCCUACCGGGGAAAGCAGGGGCCCCAGGGCCAGCAGGGCUGAAAGGAGAGAAGGGUAAUUUCGGGGAGGUAGGGCCAGCCGGAAGUCCGGGGCCGCCAGGGCCUGCAGGACCCACAGGCAUCAAAGGGGAGAAGGGGGAGCCUUGUGAGCCAUGCAGAGCCCUGACCGAGCAUCAGGAUGAGGACAGCCACGUGGUGGCCUUGCCGGGGCCCCGCGGAGAGAAGGGGGAGCCCGGGCCUCCAGGUUUCGGUCUGCCAGGAAAACAGGGCAAGGCCGGAGAGCGUGGACUGAAGGGGCAAAAGGGUGAUGCUGGGAAUCCUGGAGACCCUGGAACACCAGGCACCACGGGGCGGCCAGGACUGUCGGGAGAGCCAGGGGUUCGGGGCCCUGUGGGGCCAAAAGGAGAAAAGGGUGAUGGCUGCACCGCCUGCCCCGGCCUGCAGGGGGCGCUGACAGACAGAACAGGGCUGCCUGGGAAGCCAGGCCCGAAAGGAGAUCCUGGGCCGGAAGGCGUGGGCCGGCCUGGUAAACCGGGCCAGCCUGGUCUACCAGGAGUUCAAGGACCCCCAGGACUGAAGGGCAUACAGGGAGAGCCCGGCCCUCCAGGAGUGGGAGUCCAGGGUCCCCAGGGGGAGUCUGGAGCCCAGGGUUUGCCUGGCAUUCAGGGGCUUCCGGGCCCUCGGGGACCACCUGGCCCUGCUGGAGAGAAGGGUGCCAAGGGAUCUCCAGGAAUGAAAGGAGCCACUGGGCCGGUGGGACCUCCUGGCGCCAGUGUCUCUGGGCCUCCGGGCCCUGAUGGGCAGCAAGGACAGGCUGGACUUCCAGGAGCCAGAGGGAUGCCGGGUGAGAAGGGAUCACAGGGAGACAAGGGCGAGCCGGGGGAGUGCUCCUGCCCCUCCCGAGGGGACCCCAUCUUCUCUGGCAUGCCGGGCGCUCCGGGACUUUGGAUGGGCAGCUCCUGGCAGCCGGGCCCGCAGGGUCCUCCGGGUGUUCCUGGACCACCAGGCCCUCCUGGAAUGCCUGGGCUGCAGGGGGUGCCUGGGCACAACGGUUUGCCAGGACAGCCGGGGCUGACUGCAGAACUGGGAUCCUUGCCCAUUGAGCAGCACCUCCUGAAGAGCAUCUGCGGGGAUUGUAUCCAGGGCAAGACAGCCCACGAGGUGGCCCUCCUGGAAAGCGGAGAGAAGGGAGACCAGGGCAUCCCUGGCGUGCCAGGCCUCGACAGCUGUGCCCGGUGCUUCAUGGAGCGGGAGCGCCCGAGAGCUGAGGAGGCCCGGGUGAGUGGGCCUCCGUCUUCUCCUCGCCUCCUGCCCCGUGUCCCACGGGGCUGCUCACACUCACCGUCCAUCCUGCUCCAGGGGGACAACCACGAGGGAGACCCGGGCUGUGCAGGGAGCCCCGGGCUGCCGGGUCCUCCGGGACUGCCUGGCCAGAGAGGAGAAGAGGGUCCACCCGGUAUGAGGGGCUCCCCGGGUCCUCCAGGCCCUAUUGGCCCCCCAGGUUUUCCUGGUGCUGUUGGCUCCCCCGGAUUGCCUGGUCUUCAAGGAGAGCGAGGCCUCAGGGGCCUGACGGGAGAGAAGGGGGAGCCGGGUCCUCCAGGGCAACCUGGUUACCCAGGAGCCAUGGGCCCCCCAGGACUGCCUGGCAUCAAGGGGGAGCGAGGCUACGCGGGUUCCCCGGGAGAGAAGGGAGAAUCGGGCCCACCAGGAUCUGAAGGCCUCCCAGGUCCCCCAGGCCCAGCGGGUCCCCGAGGAGAGCGAGGACCCCAAGGAAGCUCGGGUGAGAAAGGAGACCAGGGAUUCCAAGGCCAGCCCGGCUUUCCAGGCCCCCCGGGUCCCCCUGGAUUCCCAGGCAAAGCGGGAGCACCUGGCCCACCCGGCCCCCAAGCGGAGAAGGGCAGUGAAGGGAUUCGAGGCCCAUCAGGUCUGCCUGGUCCCCCUGGACCACCAGGAUCUCCCGGGAUUCAGGGCCCCGCCGGUCUGGAUGGUCUGGAUGGGAAGGACGGCAAACCUGGCUUGAGGGGGGAUCCCGGUCCUGCUGGCCCUCCUGGACUCAUGGGACCCCCGGGCUUCAAGGGAAAACCUGGCCAUCCUGGCCUCCCAGGACCGAAGGGUGACUGUGGAAAGCCAGGCCCCCCAGGCAGCAGUGGCCGGCCCGGAGCAGAGGGUGAGCCUGGUGCCAUGGGACCCCAGGGAAGACCCGGCCCCCCUGGCCAUGUUGGGCCGCCGGGGCCUCCAGGCCAGCCAGGCCCAGCUGGGAUCUCCGCAGUGGGCCCGAAAGGAGACCGUGGAGCCACUGGAGAAAGGGGCCUUCUAGGUCUUCCAGGCCAGCCUGGCCCCCCUGGACACCCCGGGCCCCCGGGUGAACCCGGCGCGGAUGGCGCAGCUGGCAAAGAGGGACCCCCUGGAAAGCAGGGACUCUACGGACCCCCAGGUCCAAAGGGUGACCCGGGACCUUCAGGACAGAAGGGCCAGGCAGGAGAGAAGGGAAGAGCUGGCAUGCCUGGCGGGCCUGGCAAGAGUGGCUCCAUGGGACCUGCGGGGCCGCCGGGUCCUGCAGGAGAGAGAGGCCACCCUGGAUCUCCGGGACCUGCGGGGAGCCCUGGAUUGCCCGGGGUGCCUGGCUCCAUGGGAGACAUGGUGAAUUAUGAUGAAAUCAAGAGGUUCAUCAGACAAGAGAUCAUUAAAAUGUUUGAUGAGAGGAUGGCUUACUACACCUCCAGGAUGCACUUUCCCAUGGAGAUGGCAGCAGCUCCAGGGCGGCCGGGGCCCCCAGGGAAGGACGGUCCCCCAGGCCGGCCAGGCUCCCCGGGAUCACCGGGACUCCCCGGUCAGAUUGGCAGAGAAGGACGGCAGGGUUUGCCCGGGAUGAGAGGAUUGCCUGGUACCAAAGGUGAAAAGGGAGACGUUGGUGUUGGCAUUGCAGGAGAAAUUGGUCUCCCCGGCCCCCCAGGUCCCCAGGGUCCUCCAGGGUAUGGCAAGAUGGGCGCGACUGGGCCGAUGGGCCAGCAAGGCAUUCCUGGCAUCCCUGGCCCCCCAGGCCCCAUGGGCCCGCCAGGCAAGACCGGCCACUGUAACCCCUCUGACUGCUUUGGGGCCAUGCCAAUGGAGGAACAGUACCCGCCCAUGAAAAACAUGAAGGGGCCUUUCGGCUGAAAUCACCAUUUCCAUCAGAUGAAGGACUCCACUGGGAACAAAUGGCUCAAACUUUAUAGGACUCUGGACGGGUUGUGAAUGUUUGGGAUUUUUUUAAUUGCUAUUAAUAUUUUUUUAUCAAUAAAUAAAGAAAUAAAACUAUCUGCAA